AUGAAGGUAGUUCAGCUCCAGUUGUCCAUUUUUGUGCUUUUCAUCUGUGCUGUCACAGCACAGAAGAUCUUGAGGAGCAAAAAUGCAUGUUACAAACCUUUGCCAAGAGCUCCAAACUAUGGAGUUAAAACUGCACCUCACCCUCGUGAACUUCGUAACCUUGCUAACCUGCCAAAGUCAUGGGACUGGAGAAAUGUGAAUGGUAUCAACUAUGCUAGUACAACUCGCAACCAACAUAUCCCCCAGUACUGUGGCUCCUGCUGGGCACAUGGGAGCACCAGUGCUAUGGCAGAUCGUAUUAAUAUCAAGCGGGGAGGAGCGUGGCCAUCGGCUUAUCUGUCGGUCCAACAUGUAGUCGACUGUGCUGACUCUGGUUCCUGUCAUGGAGGAGAUCAUGCAGGUGUGUGGGAGUAUGCCCACAAUCAUGGGAUACCUGAUGAGACUUGUAAUAACUACCAAGCUGUUGAUCAAGAAUGCAAGCCAUUUAAUGCCUGUGGAACAUGUACAACAUUUGCUGAGUGCAAUACUGUCCAAAACUACACAUUGUGGAAAGUGGGGGACUUUGGCUCUGUGAGUGGAAGAGAAGAUAUGAAGGCAGAAAUCUAUGCUAGAGGACCAAUAAGCUGUGGAAUCAUGGCCACUCAAAAACUUGAUGAGUAUGCUGGUGGCCUGUACUCGGAAUAUGUGCAGAACCCUGCUAUCAACCAUAUUGUGUCAGUAGCAGGCUGGGGUGUGGAAAACGGCACUGAAUAUUGGAUUGUUCGCAACUCUUGGGGAGAGCCUUGGGGUGAGAAAGGUUGGCUCAAGAUAGUGACCAGUGCCUAUAAAGGUGGAAGUGGGAGCCAGUAUAAUCUUGCUUUGGAGGAGGACUGUAUAUUUGGUGAUGUGAUCAUCCCCUUAACUUACAGUUGA